AUGGAGGAGGCAUUGGACUGGGUGUCUGAUAAUCAAGGCAUAGUUGCCUUGACCUGGGUCGCCGUUGUGUUUGCCACUGCUCUUCUGUGGUUCACGACAAAAGGAAACUCUGAAAAAGCCGUGGACUUUGAAGUGCCACUGCCCAAGCAAUUGGAACCCGAUUGGCAAGGAGAGGGUUUGCAGGAGCCAAGUUUGAAGAUUUCAGGCUCUUCAGCUGUUCAAUGCUACUGUCCAGCAACAGGUCAACUUCUCGGCGUCAUCAACCCUUCUACUCCUGAUGGCAUUGACAGAGCCAUUGCUCGUGCUCAAGAAGCUCAACGCACCUGGGCACUGACAACAUUUUCGCAACGCAGAAAGAAACUCAAGUGGACGAUCGUUCAUGGCGAGAAAGCUCUGCAGCCCUCGUCUCGCCCUACUAAUUUACUCAUGAUGUACAAAUCCAACUCAGUCGUCUACGAGCCUUUGGGUGUCGUGGCUGCCUGCGUCAGCUGGAACUAUCCCUUCCACAACCUCUUGGGACCCAUCAUCUCGGCCUUGUUCACCGGAAACGCAAUCAUCGUCAAGGGAUCUGAGCAAACAGCUUGGUGUUCAGUCUUCUUCGCAGACAUCGUCAAGAGUGCUCUAGUGGCUUGCGGACAUAGUCCCGAGCUGGUACAUGCUGUCACCUGUUGGCCUACUACAGCAGAGCACCUUACCUCGCACCCUGGCAUCUCCCAUCUGACCUUUAUCGGCAGCAAGCCAGUGGCUCACCACGUCUGUACGUCAGCCGCCAAAUCUCUGACUCCAGUCGUGGUGGAGCUAGGUGGUAAAGAUGCAGCCAUCAUCCUUGAUGCUCCUAAUGGCAAGCCUAUGGCCAAAUCCGAAUUGCAAAGAAUUGAGAGCAUCAUCAUGCGUGGUGUUUUCCAGUCCGCUGGUCAGAACUGCAUCGGUAUCGAACGUGUCGUCGCCAUGCCUCUGGCCUAUGAGUAUCUUCUUUCGGUCCUGCCUCCACGCAUCCGUUCCCUUCGUCUCGGCAACGCCCUCACUUCCACCGAAGUCGAUGUUGGUGCUCAAGUCAGCCCAGCAAACUUUGGAAAACUCGAAUCCCUGAUCGCUGAGGCUGUAACUCAAGGUGCCACCCUACUCGCAGGCGGUAAGCGCCAUAUCCACCCUGAACACCCGCAAGGCCAUUACUUCACACCAACUUUGCUUGCAAAUGUAACUUCAGACAUGCGCAUCGCGCAAGAAGAAUGUUUCGCACCCAUCUGUCUUCUCAUACGCGCCGAUACCGUCGACCACGCCAUCGCCAUCACAAACUCCACAAUCUACGGCUUGGGCUGCAGUGUCUUUGGCCCUGCUUCCUCACCUCUUUCCCACGUAGCCGCAAGCGUCAAAAGCGGCAUGGUCGCCAUCAAUGACUUUGCAGCUUACUAUGCCGUUCAGCUCCCCUUUGGCGGUGUGGGAGGUAGUGGGUACGGACGCUUUGCUGGCGAAGAAGGACUUAGAGGGUUGUGUAAUGCCAAGAGUCUUAUUGUUGAUCGAUGGCCGUCGCUUAUCAAGACUGCUAUCCCGGCUGGCUUGGAUUAUCCUAUGAGGCCUACGGCGUGGGAGAUGGGUAAGGGUGUUGUGGAGUUGGGGUACGGACAGAGUUUGACGAGAAAGAUCAUGGGGCUCAAAAGGAUGCUUGCUGGUAUGUAA